AGCACUUCUGUUUUCCCACGGGCAUUUUCUCGGUCUGCAGCUGCUGUCCUAUAACCAGCCAUGAUCCUCCAGACUGCUGUUCUCGCUCUGCUCCUCUGCUCUGUCCACAGUUUCACUAUACAGGCCUCUUCUGAAAGGAGUGACGAAUCCUCAGGCCACACCGCUGAGGAUGACGACCUCAGUGUCUCUACACUGUUAGAGAAGGCCAAUGCUAAUCUUGGAAAGAACUUGGAUGAGCCUCUGGUGAUGUAUGGAGACAUAGCAGUGGGAACAGGGCUUCAGAACGCUGAUCCCUGCACAGCACGAGGCUGUCUGUGGCCUAAAUCCCCGGAUGGCAAUGUCUACGUACCGUACCGCAUCUCUUCGCAGUACUCCCAAAGAGAGAGAGACACCAUCAUCAGAGGUCUGCAGUCAUUUGCCCGAUCCACCUGCAUCCGCUUCACCCCCUUAAACAGACAGAGGGACUUUGUGGACAUCAGCUCUCGUUCAGGGUGUUACUCAUUUGUCGGGCGUCGGGGUAAUGGCCAGACAGUGUCUUUGAGUCGUCGGGGCUGUGUCUUCGAAUCAAUCAUCCAACAUGAGCUCCUCCACGCCCUGGGCUUCAACCAUGAACAGACACGGUCUGACAGGGAUGAGCAUGUUCGCAUCCUGUUGCAGAACGUAAUUCCUGGACAGGAGCAUAAUUUCAGGAAGAUUCAGACCAACAACCUUGGUACUCCAUAUGACUACAACUCCGUCAUGCACUAUUCAAGGUUUGCUUUCUCCAGGAACAGGCAGCCAACCAUCGUUCCCAUCCCUGACGAAAAUGUCCCCAUCGGCAGGGCCACUCAGAUGAGUCCUAAUGACAUCCUUCGAGUGAACCGCCUUUACAGAUGCAAUUCAACUGCUUACGGACGUCCCCUGGCACCCAUGCAAAGACACCAUUUCCUUGAGUAAUGACAGAAAUAAAGAGGGAGAGGAGGGAGAUCGAAACAGCUGUUUAUCUCCAAACAAGACCAGACAUGAAUCUUGCGCUUAAUGAACAUGCUUUAAUGAAAUUCUGAAUUUGAUUAAAUGAACUUUUGUGCUGUCCUAACGAGAAAUGAAAAGCAGCAGCUCUCCAAUGAUAUCAUCACAGAUUUAUGCUUACAUGAAAAAACUGCUUACAAGCUUAGAAACACAGUAUUCCGUAUACUGAAAAUGAAUAAAAAGAUAUACAUGCA